CUGUUGGGGGGGCGGAGAAACAGUAGUUGAUCUAUCAGCGGUCAGGGGACUGCAACAGGUUCGACGCAGAGGACCAACCUGCAAUUCCGACUCUCAGUGGUGGUUUGGGUUCUCCCCGCCCCUACUCCGGCACCUCCCUAGCGCCGCUCUCCGGCGCAAAGCCCGCCCACUGUAUGCGCUGAGCCACCACUUCCGCCCUCACCUCCCUCCAAGCAAGAUGGCUGAGGAACCGGAGUCUUCGCUGCAGCUUCCUCCCUCAAUUGCUGCUGAAAGUGAAGGACCCACGGAGGUCUCCCCAGAAACAGCCACUCCGGAGCCCCCUUCUUCCGCUGCAGUCUCUCCGGGAACAGAAGAACCUGCCGGUGACACCAAGAAGAAAAUUGACAUCCUGCUAAAGGCUGUGGGAGACACUCCUAUAAUGAAAACAAAGAAAUGGGCUGUAGAGCGAACCCGAACCAUCCAAGGACUCAUUGACUUCAUCAAAAAGUUCCUUAAACUGGUGGCUUCAGAACAAUUGCCCAGCAGCGAGACGCGCGCCGCCAGUCCGCAAGGGAUGGAGCGGACCGAGGUGCUAAAGCCACGCACCCUGGCCGAUCUGAUCCGCAUCCUGCACCAGCUCUUCGCCGGCGAGGAGGUCAAUGUGGAGGAGGUGCAGGCCGUCUUGGAAGCCUACGAGAGCAGCCCCGCCGAGUGGGCAGUGUACGCCAAGUUCGACCAGUACAGAUAUACCCGAAAUCUUGUGGAUCAAGGAAAUGGAAAAUUUAAUCUCAUGAUUCUAUGUUGGGGCGAAGGACAUGGCAGCAGUAUCCACGAUCACACUGACUCCCACUGCUUUCUGAAGAUGCUGCAGGGAAAUCUAAAGGAGACAUUAUUUGCCUGGCCUGACAAAAAAUCCAAUGAGAUGAUCAAGAAGUCUGAAAGAAUCUUGAGGGAAAACCAGUGUGCCUACAUCAACGAUUCCAUUGGCUUACAUCGAGUAGAGAAUAUUAGCCAUACAGAACCUGCCGUGAGCCUUCACUUGUACAGUCCGCCUUUUGAUACGUGCCAUGCCUUUGAUCAAAGAACAGGACAUAAAAACAAAGUCACCAUGACAUUCCAUAGCAAAUUUGGAAUCAGGACUCCAUUUACAACUUCAGGAUCACUGGAGAACAACUAAGGAGCCCCAGACCCUCUGAGGUUUUACUUUAAGGUCCGGUGAAAGUUUUGCCUUGGACAGGAAGCCCUCCUUCCAUUUGCUGUCCAGUAAUAUACUUUACAAGGCCAAUACUUAGAUCUACUAUAAGGCAGAUGCUAAUUAUAAGGCAUUAAGUAAGCAAAUAGUGCCCUGAGCUACUGUAGAAGAAAAAAAUCCCACUAAAGAUAAAAAGGCUUGUGAUUUUAAAGGCCAAAUCAAGUGCUCCACUCAUUUUACCCUCUAAACCCAUUGGAACUAUACUGGGAAUGUGGAUGAAGGUUUUUAUAGUUUUUGGAAACACUGGUCUCUGAACUAUAAUUAGCAAUAAAUAAAAACGACAUGAAACCACUCACCUUGUUACUUGGAGGACUAAAUGUAGAUGUCUUCAUUAUACUUUGUAUGUUCUUAAUAUUUGAAGAGAAGUUUUUGAAUCUGUGCAUUUUAUUUUUUCAAUCUUAUUUUACAAAUUCCUGUUCUAUAAAUAAUAGGGUAUUGUAGAUAGAGAAACUUAAGGCACUUUGCCAUUUGGUAAUGAAAUGAAGGGCAGAAGAUUUAGAAAAAUACAGGUACCCAAACCCACAACAAACCAAAAUUCUAAACUCAUGUCUAAUGUGUCCAGUGGUCAAAGACUUUGUACUGCUGCCAGAAUUGCCAAAUAAUUUUAAUAAAAGUGGAUUUGAACAUAA